UAGCGCAGGGUCAAGGGGGUUUUAAGGGAGAUACGAGUUAAGGGAGAUACAGCGAAUACCAGACUGAGACCGCCUGGUUUUGGAAUAAUUAAAAAACCGCUACCCUCCUUUUGCACUCUGUGAUGCUGUAUGAGUGUAUCUCAGAAUGGCUGACUAUGUGAAGCUGGAUGAGGAGAAGUUUAUCCCAAAGUCAGACAUCUUGUCUCUGCUAAGGACCUACAACUGUUACCAUGAGGGGAAGAGCUUCCAACUCAGACACAGAGAGGAGGAGCAAGCACUGGUCGUCGAGGGGUUGUUGAAUAUCUACUGGGGUCUGCGGCGACCAAUCAGACUGCAGAUGCACGACGACAACGAGAGACUCCACUAUGGAGGAGUCAACAGGAAUGAGAGAUCCCAGGUUCUUCCAAAGCAGACAGAAUCUAACAACAACAUACUCGACAGAACUACUGACCCUGCCUUGACCAGUAGUCUGGAGGAGGACGAUGAGGAGGUCCCCCAGCUGCUGCGAACCAGGAGUGAUGCCUCCUUCAUGGGGGUCACCAGAAGGUCAAAGACACACGCACACUCCGACCUGCAGCACUUACGCUCACACAGAUUCUCCAUCAAUGGACACUUCUAUAACCACAAGACAUCAGUAUUUACUCCAGCGUUCGGGUCGGUCACUAACGUCCGAGUCAACAGCUCCAUGACAACACUACAGGUCCUCAACCUGCUGCUACAAAAGUUCAGAGUGGAGAAUAAAUCAGAUGAGUUUGUUCUCUACAUGGUCCAUGAGUCUGGUGAAAGAACCCCAUUGAAGGACAGUGCGUAUCCUCUGGUGUACCGUGUGCUUCAUGGACCCUGUGAGAAGAUCUCCAAAAUCUUUAUUAUGGAGACGGAUCUUGGGGAGGAGGUCACACAUGACGUGGCUCAGUACAUUAAUUUUGAGAUGCCAGUCCUGGAUAGCUUUGUAGAGAAACUGAAAGAGGAAGAGGAGAGAGAGAUUUCUAAACUGACCAGAAAGUACAGCGCACUGAAGUCCAUGAUUCUACAGCAGCUGGAGGGCAUCACUGACACUACUGACCGAGUCUGAGUGUGUGUGUGUGCGCGCGUGUGUGUGCGCGUGCGCGUGUGCGUGUGCAUGUGCGUGUGCGUGUGUGUUCACAGGACCAUUACACUGUUACAGUGAGAGGAAGUCAAGCGGAUUGUUUGAGCACUGAGACCUUUCUUCAUGUACAACUACAGUUGAACCAUAGCAUGUAUAGCUUUUUCUAGUAAUGAAAACUACAGACAUGUUGAAAGCUUUCUACCGUAGUGAAUGUAAUGUAAACAGCAAUAAGAAUGCAAUACUGCCACAUCUUGCAUCAAUGUUUGUCACUUCGCAAAUUAACUGUAUUCAUAGAAUUUGUAACUUUUUUGCUACUGUAUUGUCUAUGAUUGAGUACUUUCCAUUGAUCUUGUUGUUUACUAUCGUUGGUAAAAUACUGAUUCCUGUGUGUCUUAGAGGUCAAGGUUUUCUAAAACUGAGCUUUCCUCGAAAGGCAACAUUUCUGUCAAGGCCAAUUUCUAAUUUAGCCACUGUAACAGAUUAUAAGAGAGCUACAGGGCGUGCAGGCUUUUUAUCCCCAGCUCUGCACGUCUAACACACAUCUCCAGCACCAGAAUUGGAAACCCUGACCAAAACUUGUGUUCACAUAACUAUGCUACAGGUUUCUGCAGGGUUAGCAGACCUGUAAGGCCCAUACUGUAUUUUACCACACAGAUAAAACACACACACACACCUCAUUGUUCUCCCACAGAAAGGGGUAGAGUUGUUUCCAGGGUGACUGAAGCAGAGUUAGUAUUGCUCUGAGAGUGAGUGACCCUCUCCACCUGUGUGUGUGUGUGUGUGUGUGUGUGUGUGUGUGUGUGUGUGUGUGUGUGUGUGUGUGUGUGUGUGUGUGUGUGUGUGUGUGUGUUAGAGAGAAAGUAUUGGCUAGCCCAUCAGGGUUAUACAGCAGGGGUGUGGGGAUAAUAAAUAUUACCACAAACACAAAGCAUUUCACUGUAUGUAAAAAAAGACAGGAGAGUUUUAGUUUGCAAUUAUAUACAGUUGAAAAAAUAUGACCGUUUGGAUUCCCUUUUCAAUGGUUCAUCACACAAUGGAGACACGUGUGAAAGACAGAAAAUAAAAAAGUGUUGUCAUAUUUAGCAGCGGCAGCUCGAGGAAGCUGCAGGGUUAACUCCAGUGUAGAUGACCAGCACCUUUGUUCAACCAUCCUUAUCUUGAGAGAUCACAUUCUGUUGCAGAUUUCACACGGCCCCCCUGUUAUAGCGGAUCUGGUGAAAAAGCACUUCACUGAAAAUGACAGUAAUGUAUUAUUACGCUCCAUAUUGUUAUUAUGAAAUUUUUCUGCAUUUAGUAUUAAACAGUAGUGUGGUCUGGUGCCAAA